AUGAGUUAUCCUCAGCAACAACAGAUGAACUAUGGCCCUCCCCAGCCUGGAUACGGUCCUCCUCCUCAGCAACCCAUGUACUACCAACAAGCGCCACCACCACCUCCACCAGAGGAAAAGAAGGAUAGGGGUUGUCUGACUGCUUGUUUGGCCACACUCUGCUGCUGCUGGCUCUGUGGUGAAACCUGCGAAUGCUGUCUCGACUGCCUCGACUGCUGCGACUGCUGCUAG